AUGGAAUUUCUGCUGGAAACAUUUUUUGCGAUUGACAAAUAUUGUACGAAGACAAUCAAGAAAACUGAUUUGAUUAAGUAUGCCGAAGAGAACGGAUAUGAAGAUUCCAUGCCUGAAACUUGGAUGACCUUGUUCGAUCCAGGAAACACCGGUAUCAUCACACUAGAAUCAUUUUGUGACAAAUUGGGCUUGUCUCCGGAAAGCAAACGCAUCAAAGAGUGGGAGCAAAAUGCCAUUCAGCUACGGUCCGUAGCACCCGUUGCCGCAUCGGCUCCGGUUGCCGAUAAACCACCGCCAGAUGAGAUCGCCCCGGAACCAUCAGCUGCUAUGGUUUCAGCAGCAUCUGCAGUUAAAGAUCAAUUACCCCCUAAUAUACACGUGGUCUUCGCUCAGAUGCCUGAGCCAAUGAAGGCAAAUAUUUUCCAGAUGGCUCGUGAUCUGCUCCAGCACGAAUCGCACGAUAAGCCUAUCGAUGGCGAGGAAGUAUCAAAACAAUUGAAAAAUCAGUUAGACGAACAAUAUGGCCGUUUAUGGAAUGUGGCCAUCGUGGCCGGUUCUUAUUGGAUCACACAUACGCAUCAAGAUCAACGAUCAUUUCACUUCAGAAUGGGUGAUCGAACUGUGAUAGCUUGGCAAAACAGUCCAGUGAGAAAAGUUGCUCAACCAUCUUAG